AUGAAGAAGCGAGGAUGGUUAGAGGAUGACACGACCAUCACAACAGUGCUCAUGGCGGACAUCUGUCGGCAGGCAGCGGAAAAAGCGGGAGUGAGUCAAGAAGCGAAACACAUGCUGAAAGCCUUCUCUUUUGUGCUCGAGACGGCAGCAGUGGACCCUCUCCUCGAAAGCUUCAACAAGACAGCUACCGCAAAACUCGAUAGCCUAGUCGACGCGACAAAGCUGAAGCUCAGCCAAACUAUCGAGUCAACCACCAAGCACCUGGACGCCGUCAGCUUGAAGUACAGCGAACUCACCAUCUCAGCUUCCGAAGCGGUCGCGGCUCUCAAAGCGGCACCAGUUCAUCGACUGUACAGCCAAGCACUAGCAAGCAAUGCAUGCACCAAGCUCAGCCAAUCCCUCAUCCUCGACGACGCCAAAGCAAUCAACAUAGUCAACGCUAGGGAACGACUAGUCCUAUUCAACACUCCAAGCGCCGUCGCAAAGGAACGAGGAAUAUACACUAGGGACGACAUCAACGCUUACAAGGACACACUCAACGUAGCGCUAGAGAAACUCACGGAUGGAGCAAGCAAGAAGCGGAUAGUAGGCUUGUGCAUUAUACGCACCGGGAUGCUCCUGGAGCUGGACUCUGCAGAAUCCGCUAGGUGGCUAAAGGAGAAUAACAGGUGCGCAGAGAUGGUAAAGAAGGCUUACAUCUCGAGAGAAGAAGAAACGAAAGUCAUCCCUCGCGCGCACGAGCUGAUGGUACGCUUCAUCCCUGUGGACUUCGACCCCCACGAAGAGGAAAGCCUGCACUCAGUGGAAUUGGAGAACGGCCUACCGCCACACUCAAUCAUCUCUGCAUCCUGGAUCAAGGACCCGUCAAGGAGGUACGAAGGACAAGGAUACGCCAAUGUCAAGAUCAACUGCGCCUCACCCAAAGUAGCCAACCACAUGAUCCUCGGCCCCACAAGAAUUGGUAACCACUCCGUCAAGGUGCAAAAAGAACAUAGGUGGAGAGGUUCACCUGCCGAUUCUGCGCGCAAGAGCACAGCUCUUGGGACUGUCCGGACAAAACGCAGACCAAAUGCACCCCAUGCGGGUCCAGCCGACACUCCUCCGGGGACGAAAGAAACGAGAUCCAAAUUCUUCUUCACCAAGGACCGAUGGACAUAUAACGAGUCAAUCAAUGCCCCAUGGAACUCGGGAUACCUGCGCCCAGAGAUCGAGACCGAGACCUCGCAAGAACAAGCAGGCAAGCAGCUCACAACGGCGGCUGCCAAUGCCUCACAGGGAGUCACCAACAAGUCCAGAAAGAUCAACCAGAUGAAAAACCGACAGAUAACACUUGCCCAAUACGGCAUCCCAACACAAGCCGCACGAAGCGUCCAGCACCCCGGGCCAACUCCCAAGACCCAAACCACCCCCGAUUCAUCGCAAGAAACAACCUCUUCACCAUCCUCACUGCCCCCCGCUCAAACCCAGCCAUCCAUCGCGACCACCUCACCAGACAACUGGGACGUUAUUGCAAUCCAAGAACCAGCACUCAACUCCCUCGGCAACACUCGGGCUAACAGGAAAUGCCAGUCGUUUUACCCAUCCACCAAGGCUCAUGAAGGCCACGGCAGAAUACGUGCUGUAAUGCUAGUCAGCACACGCGUCGGUGCGUGCAUGCAGAUAGACAUUGAUUCAAGCGACAUUGUAGGAAUAAGAGUGGGUACUGCAUUGGGCCUCUGCACCAUCUACAACAUCUACAAUGAAGGCACCAGCAACGAUACAUUGGACCAGCUCACCCAACACCUUGAAACGCACAAUACGCCAACGUGGGCCAACCGGCUCAAAGUAUGGCUCGGGGACUUCAACAGGCACCACCACACCUGGGAGGGGGACAACAACCGUCACCUACGCAGUCUGACUGACGCCAUCACUCCACUACUCAACCUGAUCAUCGAACACGGCAUGCAGCAACUCCUACCAGCCGGAAUACCCACACAAGAGGAGAACGGGAGUCAAACUAGGCCAGACAACGUGUGGGCAUCAGGCGAUAUUGUCCACCGACUUGUAGAGUGCAAUACAUGGCCAGACCUUCGUCCAACAACAACGGACCACAUCCCAAUCACCUCCAUCAUCGACCUCUCAGUUGCAAAAGUGGCCAUCACACCAAGGCCAAACUACAGAAGGACAAACUGGGAGAAAUUCCGGGAAGGCAUGGAAGACGCAGUCAAGAACGACCCAAGACUGGUAAUUGAACCAACGCGCCCCGAGGAGCUGGAGCAGCUUGUCGAGCUACUCACAGGUUACAUGCAGACAAAGCUCAAGGACAUGACCCUGCUCAGCAAGGACCCAACAUUCCGCAAGCCGUGGUGGAACAAGCAAUGUCAGGAUCUUCACAAAUGCAAAUGCCAAGCAUACACAGAGUCGCGGUACUGGCAAGCAUCCCCAGCCCACCCAAGUCAUCAGUUUUACAAGGCACUGUGCCAAGAGAUGAAGGAGAUGGUACGAAGGAGCAAGGAGGCAUUCUGGUGGAAGUGGAUCGACGAGGCAUCCGACACUGACCUAUGGAACAUCAACCGCUUCAUCAAGCGAGGCGCCAACGAUGGAAGUAGCAAGAGAAUCCCCCCACUCAAAAAGCCGAAUGGCACACUAACGCAAAGUAACGAGGAGAAAGCAGAGCUACUAUGCAACGCAUUCUUUCCACCUCCACCUGCACUCACUCCCCAGACCAAGGCCGGCACCUCAAACUGCACUUCCUCAGUGGACACCAUACUCGAUAAAGAGGGCCCGGAUGGUAUCCCAAAUGCAGCAAUCCAGGAAGCGCUCCCAGCUAUCAGUUGCAUCCUCAAGAACAUAUUCAAUGCGGCCAUUCGACUCCGGCACAUUCCAAAGCAGUGGAAGGAAUCAACUACAGUGGUCCUACGAAAGCCAGGGAAGCCAGCAAAGCUUCUCUCGGCACUCAUGGCGGAGGACCUCACCUACAUGUCCAAGCACUAUGCACUGCUCCCACACUCUCAGUUUGGUGGUCGACCAGGAAGGUCAACAAUGGAUGCCCUUCACCUUCUCACAAGCACAAUCAAGAAGGCAUGGAGGGAGUCAAAGGUGGCCAGCGCACUGUUUCUCGACAUCCAAGCAGCAUUCCCCAACGUUGUCAAGCCAGUUCUCAUGCAGAAUAUGAGAGCAAAAGGGAUCCCAGAGGAGUAUGUGCAGACUCUCGAGAACAUGCUGACAGGCAGAUCCACACGCCUCAAAUUCAACAAGGUGCACUCCGCACCCCGCGCUAUCAACAAUGGGAACAGCCAAGGAUGCCCACUCUCGAUGAUCCUCUACCUAUUCUACAUUGCCCCACUACUGGAGAUUGCAAACAGCAAGGACCAGCUCACCCUCGGGUUUGUGGACAACUCUACCCUGAUUGCCAUUGGCCAGAACUUCCACAACACGCACCUUGGUCUGAAGGACAUGAUGGAACAUGAAGGAGGCGUCCUAGACUGGUCACGUUUGCACCACUCACCACUCGAGAACAACAAACUCGGGCUCGUGGACUUCACCAUGUCAUCCGAAAAGCGCAAAGGCUCACAUCCCCUGGUCCUCGAGGCAAAGGACAGCAAUGGCAGAAUGUCAACAGUAACGAUUCAACCUACCGACAGUUGCAAGUUACUUGGAGUGGUGAUCGACCAGUCACUGCGGUGGAACAAGCACCAGGAGCUCGUGCACACAAGGGCAGUAAAGUGGACCUCACUAUUCUCGCGUAUACACAGGGCAUUCCAUGGCCUCCCAAUCCGCUCAGGCUGCCAACUCUUCAACUCUGUUGCCAUUCCUCGCAUCACAUACGCCGCAGACAUCUGGUACACCCCACCAUACACCAAGCCAAACUCCAUACGCCGGAUGGGAUCCGGAGCCAUCACCAAGAAGCUGCAAGCCGUCCAACGUAGAGCCACCAUCGGUAUCACAGGCGCUAUCCGCACAACAGCAGGAGAUACCCUUGAUGCGCACCUCAAUAUGCUACCAAUCAAAGAAACUCUACGCCUCACAUGCCAGAAGGCGGCGGCCCGGCUGGCAAGCCUGCCCGCUACCCAUCCUCUCUCCAAAUUCGUGAAACGAGCAUCAAGAGGACUCCUCCAGAGGCACAACGCCCCCCUACAUCGCAUCUUCCACUCCAUCGACUCCAAAGUAGACGACCUCGAAACCAUCACCCCAGCAUCACGCAACCCCAAUGCCACUAACCCAUUCACUAUCUCAAUAGAGGAGUCGAGGAUGUUAGCGAAAGAGGCGGACAACAACAGCAACGGCAACAACGAGCAGGUAGUAGUUUAUACGGAUGGCUCAGGAAUGGAAGGCAUGAUAGGAGCAGGUGCAGUACUCUACAGAGACGGAGUACGGAUAAGGUCAGCAAGAUUCCUGCUUGGAGAAGACAUGGAGCACACGGUACACGAAGGAGAACUUGUUGGAAUUGCACUCGGAGUCCAGCUAGCCAAGAUGGAAAGGAUCGUCAUACCACAUAUCAAGAUCAGCCUUGACAACCAGGCAGCAAUACAAGGAAUGGAGAACGUCAGUGCCAAAGCCGGCCAACACAUCAUCCGCAAGAUCCACAGAGCAAUAGACAAACUGCGCAAUGAUCAAAAGCAUAGACGAGAACUCGUAGAGGCGAGCGACAAUGAGACGAGGAUUAAUCGAUCGACUCAGAUCACUCUCACGUGGGUCCCAGGUCAUGAAGGGAUCGAGGGUAACAAAGCAGCGGACGAGGAGGCCAAGAAGGCCAUCACAGAUGGAUCAUCCACAGCAGCAACACUCCCACCAUGGAUGAAGGACACCCUCCUGCAAAAUAUCUCGGCACUCAGACAGGAACUCAAACUUGCAGCAAGGAAGUCAGCACACAACAAGUGGAAAUCUUCAGCACGGUACGACAGGACCAGGCCCAUCGACGAGACAAUGCCAUCCAACAAAUAUCUCCAAAUCACAGACGAGCUAACGAGAGCAGAAGCAGCGGCACUUAUUCAGCUACGUACAGGACAUAUCGGACUGAACAAGCAUCUGAACCGCAUCAACAGAGCGGAUGCACCGUGGUGCCCACACUGUGGAGAGGGAAAUGCAGAAAACAUAACUCAUCUCCUCCACAUCUGCCCAGCGUACAAUGCAGCGCGAGCCGAAUGGGAAGGAGCAUUGCGUGAGAAGACGAGAGAACCAGCGGAGAUACUAGGGACAAAGGAGGGAAUCAAGGAGACGUUGAAGUUUAUCAGGAGGACGGGGAGGUUGAAGAUGGGACGGGAGGAUACAAACGGAAGGGAAAGAGAGUAA